UAUUGUUUUUAUAUUAUUGUUUUGAAACUGGUUCUACUAAAAAUGUAACCAAAUAAACUUCUUGCCGUUCAUUCUUAAUUGGGUUCAAAAACUUCAACAUGGCGGCGUUGCGAUCCCUUGGCCGGCUAGUUGCUAAAAAAUCAUUGAAACAUUCAAGUUCUGUUGGCAGGAAUCAGCAUGUUCGCUACCUGUCAAACGGCCUCCCAGGCUUAUCAGAGACCCAUCAGAUGUUGCGGCAGACUUGCAGAGACUUUGCAGACAAAGAGCUCAAGCCUAUUGCAGGACAGAUAGACAAAGAUUGUACAUAUCCAAAGAAACAGGUGAAGAUGUUAGGGGAGCUGGGGUUGUUGUGUGUGGAUAUUGCUGAGGAAGAUGGAGGAACAGGAUUGGACUACCUUGCCUACGCCAUAGCAAUGGAGGAGAUCUCCCGGGGAUGUGCCACUGCUGGUGUCAUCACGAGUGUCAACAAUUCCCUGUAUUUAGGACCAAUCAAAGCCUAUGCAACUCCUGCACAGAAGGAAAAGUUCAUGAAACCUUUCUUGAAUGGAGACAGAGUGGGAUGUUUUGCCCUUAGUGAACCAGGGAAUGGCAGUGAUGCUGGUGCAGCUUCCACAAUGGCGAAGCUAGAUGGCGAUGAGUGGGUACUAAAUGGAACCAAGUCUUGGAUCACCAAUGGAUACGAGUCAGAAGCUUCUGUUGUGUUUGCUACCACAGAUAAAAGCAAGAAACAUAAGGGAAUAAGUGCUUUCCUGGUGCCAAAGCCCACUGCUGGUUUGUCACUUGGCAAAAAAGAGGACAAGCUUGGUAUUAAAGCCUCCUCCACAUGUAAUCUGAUAUUCGAGGACUGUCGUAUACCCAAGGAAAACUUACUGGGGGAACCAGGCUUUGGCUUCAAAAUUGCUAUGCAAACCUUGGAUGCAGGAAGGAUAGGUAUAGCUGCUCAGGCCCUUGGAAUCGCUCAGGCAGCAUUCGAAUGUGCAAUAGACUAUGCCCAGAAAAGAAAAGCCUUUGGUGAGCCAAUCUCCAAGAUGCAAAUGAUUCAGACCAAGCUAGCGGACAUGGAGGUGCAGAUAGAGAGUUCUCGCCUCCUUACGUGGAAGGCUGCCAUGCUUAAAGACACCAAGAAACCUUACACUAAGGAGGCUGCCAUGGCCAAGUUAGCAGCAUCAGAGGCAGCAACAAAUGUGGCUCAUCAGGCAAUUCAGGUAUUAGGUGGUAUGGGGUACGUACGCGACAUGCCCGCAGAGCGACAUUACCGUGACGCACGCAUCACAGAGAUAUACGAGGGCACUAGUGAGAUACAGAGACUUGUUAUUGCUGGGCAGCUGCUUAAGGAAUAUCAUGCGUCUUAGGAUGUGAUGAAAUAGAACUUUGUGAACUGUUCUGUGGUUCAUAGCUUUUCGUUAGUCAUAAUGACUGAAUAUGUUCAUAAUUAUAAAAAGACCAAUUGUUCUUUAAAAUAAGUGUCCAUUUGAAAAAAGGCAUAUUUUUAUUAAUGGUUAGGGUUUUUGCUGGUGUUUGUAUGCCUUAAAAUAUAACAUCUUGAAAAAAAUUCACUCAUGAGGAAAGAUUAUCUAUUUGUAAAUUUUAUCUUAAUUAUGGUGGUCAUUGAACAUAUUAAAAGAGAUCAUUAGUUUUGAUUCGUUCAUCAUGGGCAUUUUUAAGACAGAUGAUUUUUUUCACAAACAUAGUAAUGCUAGUUCAGUAAUGUGUGGUCUUUGCAUCUUAGUUUAAGGAAGGACACAUGUAUUUUUUGCAGAUGAUUGAUUGUCUGUUUGAUUUCUUUACAUUAUAUGAAGCAUGUCUUCAUGAGUAUAUUAUGUAUUUGUUGAAAUGUAAUAAUAACGAAGACAUGUUAUAUAUUACAUAAGAAACUGUGAUAAUAAACAAGUAAAACUUG